UUUAACAUGUACAAGUAAAAAUACGUUAAUAUUUUAAUAUGGAGAUAAAACUCGUACAUAAGCAAGAAUAUUGGAAUAAUUAUAUCACAUGUUGAUAAUAUGUCUAUUAAAAUAAAGUAAGAAUUUGUUUUGUUUUUUCAAAACAUUUCUUUCGGAAAACACUUUUUUUGGCUUUAAGAUCAACAUUUUGGCUAGAUUUGAUUUUUAGAAGUAAAAACAUCACCUUUCGAACGAUUCUUUCCCCGUAACUGCACAUUGUUCAUACGUUACCGUCAUGACACAUUAUCGUGGGAAGCGUCGCUCGGACUUCCGGUAUCUAGGACGCUGCGGGAAGGUCCUCAUGGUCGCGUGCAACGUCACUCUCUUGUUGUUGGGUCUUGGCCUAGUGGUCCUAGGAGUAUUGAUGAAGCUGGACACCAACAGAGUUAACUACACCCAGAUAAUCGGUAUCCUUAACACCAUCAACUUCUACGGCUCGUUAACUUUCGGAAAGGUCUUCAUAGAGCUGCCAAUCUUUGUGAUCUCUGUCGGUGUUGCAGCCGUUCUUUUAGCCGGGUUCGGAUUUGUUUCUACUCGUCUCAAGAAGCAACGUCUCCUCGUUCUGUUUUCAUACGUCAGCCUGUUGAUCAUGGUUGCACAGGCCAUAUGUUUAGGGAUGCUUGGAGUUGCAAAAACCAAGAUCGAGACGGAAAUACAACCGACGAUAAAUUCAACUUUUCUUGAAUACGAAGGAGUCGAUUCCACCGAGGCAACAUCGCAGGCCUGGGAUCAGUUUUUUCUUAAGUUCGAGUGUUGCGGGUACGACACUGUGGUUUCAAACACGGACAAUUUCUGGGAGUUUAACGUGACCACGUGGUGGGGACUUGUAGGCACGUUACGGGACAGCGACCUUGACUAUGUACCUACUUCCUGCUGCAAGUCCGCUACACUGGACAACUAUAAAACACUGAGCGACACCAACUGUGAGGUCCAGUUACUGACGCAUUACAAAAGGGGCUGUUGGAAUGAACUGUACAGCUACUUUACCAAAUAUAUCUACCACACCAUAAGGGUAUCGAAGGCAACGCUUGCUUUUGAGGUUCUUUGCAUAUUCGUUCCGUUCAUCAUGUGUGUGUCCAUCCGUCAGAAGAAGACAAUCCGGCUGUUUGAGGAACACUAACCUAUUGUAAGACAGGGAAUUUUGCUUAGAAAAAACAAUUGAAACAACUUUCCGUACUCAAAUGAGAUAUAAUUAGUCUAAUAUUUUACGGAAGCAAGGCAAUUGUACGUAAUAAUUACAUAGUAUGUUAACUAGUUUUCUAUUUGUUUACGAAAUAAAAUGUUGAAGUUA